AUGGCUGAUGUCAGCAAGAACAGCUCCUUUAAUCAGAGCUCAGAAUAUGGAAAUGUCUACAGACCACAGACAGUGUUCAGCGUCUUGACGUUCACCCUGCUGGCCAUGCUUAUGGUGGCUACAUUUUUCUGGAACAUGCUCGUCCUAGUCACAAUUCUCAGAGUCAGAACGUUCCACCGCGUGCCCCACAAUCUGGUGGCCUCCAUGGCUAUAUCUGAUGUUAUGGUGGCUGCUUUGGUGAUGCCUCUCAGUCUAGUCCAUGAGCUGAACGGUCGUCGAUGGAAGUUGGCCCAAGUUCUCUGCCAAGUCUGGAUAUCCUUUGACGUCCUGUGCUGUACAGCCAGCAUUUGGAACGUGACCGCAAUAGCCCUCGACCGUUACUGGUCCAUAACUCGCCACCUGGAGUACACGCUGAAGACCCGAAAGAAGAUCUCCAAUGUGAUGAUCGGCUUGACCUGGCUGCUGUCGUCUGUUAUUUCCCUGUCCCCUCUGUUUGGCUGGGGUGAGACGUAUUCAGAGGAGGACAUGGAGUGCCAGGUGAGCCAGGAGCCGUCUUACCCCAGCCCGUCUUAUACCAUCUUUUCCACAUUCGGGGCCUUCUAUCUGCCUCUUUGUGUUGUGCUGUUUGUCUACUGGAAGAUAUACAAAGCUGCUAAGUUCCGUAUUGGAUCAAAGAGGACCAACACCAUCACUCCAGUUGCAGAGGCUGGAGAGGUGAAAGAGGCCUCCAGGCAACAGCCUCAGAUGGUGUUCACGGUACGCCAUGCCACGGUGACAUUCCAGACCGACAGCGAGACGUGGCGAGAGCAGAAAGAGAAGCGGGCAGCUCUGAUGGUGGGCAUCCUCAUCGGAGUGUUUGUCCUGUGCUGGAUCCCUUUCUUCCUCACCGAGCUCAUCACCCCGCUGUGCUCCUGCCACAUUCCACCAAUAUGGAAGAGUGUCUUCCUCUGGCUGGGCUACUCCAACUCCUUCUUCAACCCGCUCAUUUACACAGCCUUCAACAAGAACUAUAAUAACGCUUUCAGAAAUCUCUUCUCCCGACAGCGCUGA